AUGGACGAGGAGGGGGAUCGGUGGGUGCAUCUGCUCUAUCGGAAAUACGACGAUCCGUGGGCAGCGCGCCUGGGUGUAGGUGAAGAAGGCCAUAAACGGCACGACCACUUCGACCGUCUGCAGCUUGGACUCAACGUAGAUGCUUCCUUCAUCGAAGACGUCACAUUAGCAAAGGAGAAAGAUCUAGGAAUGGUGGCGCCGGUGCCGUCGGCGAGUGCCACGGCCGGGAAGAAAGCGCCAGGGUCCACAAAGGUGGGCGGAGAAGAGGAGGACGAUCACGAGUUCAGGAUGAGACCAAGCGGCAGCAACAGCAACAACAGCAGCAGCAGCAGCCGGCAAGCGGAGGGAAAGGCUGGAGCGGGAAAGAAAAGCAAGGCGAAGAUCGGGAGUAAGGUCGGGGUGAAGCGACCAACCGAGAGGCAGCCAGCGGAGAGCAAGGGGCACAAGGCGGGGGGUGCACCAGGGAAGCAGCGCAGUUGGUUGGUGCGCCGGGGAAGCGCAAGGCGGGGGGGUCACCAGGGGAGGGGAGAGGUGCCGAAAAGAAAGGCAAGGGGCUCCUUCGCUACCAUGUCGCAGAACGAGAAGGAGGUGGUGGCCGCCAUGAAGAAGAUCCCGGAGCUGGAAUACAGGCGGGCGUACUUGCUGAGCAUCAAGAGGAGGGCGCGGGGUCUGAAGGUGGGCGGAUCAAAGAGAAGACGAUGAUUUAUGGUGGUGCUAAAGUUGAGUCAAGUAAAUAGUGCGAAUCGAUGCUGUAGCAGUAUCUUAACGGAGUUUUUUUCGCUUGGGAUACCGAGUAGCGAGUGCCCUAUCCACACUGAAUAAAGGCGCGUCUAGGUAGGCACUUUGUUUCGGCUCGUGUGGUCGCUUGUCUCUAAUAAGAUGUAUCUUAAAAGCGUUGGUUAAUUAGCACCUGGUUGCUUGCAUGAUCAUGUUGCCGCCUCCGUGCCUGGCUGCUGUUGCUCAACACGGGCAUGGUUUUCAAUGUCGGCAGGGGGGCAACAAAUAUCGAGUUCACGAUUCGGAGUAUGUAAAUGCAUGUGCGUGACCUGCCUACCCUGCUGGCCCUGUAUGGUGUUACCCUUGAUCGCCGUGUCAAUUUCACGUGAAUCUCUCGCACCCUCGAUUCGUAGGUGUUGGUGACACCGUCGCCUCGUACGACUGUUUUUUUUAUUUUUCGGAUGAUUGAACACAACACGGCAGGGGAUAAAUUGACACACCUGCCGCUCUGUUUCAGCUGUUUGUCGAUGACGUGCUCAACCCAGCUCAAGGCCAUACGCGACAGGGAGAAGGAGGGGCUCAAGAAUGCGGCAGAAAAGUAAAAAAAUACCAGCAUCGGCCGCGGCAGGAAGUGGAGAAGGAGGAGCGACAAGAGAGAGAGGAGCUAGAGAAGCAGCAGCAGCAGGAGCAGG